AUGUCUAAAUCGACGAACAACCUCAUUUUUCGCAACUUCUUGACUGACGAUGUUGUGUCCACCAAGGCGACAGCCUUCACGCCGGAUAUCAUCCCCCACUUUGGCAACAAAGUCGAUCCGGCGGUUUUGAUCAGUGAAUACGACCUGUUCAUGAGCCUCCCGCUUCAACCAAGCGAGACCAACAAUGUCUUUUUCAGAGGACAGACGACCUCUAGCGUUACCGCAGGAUCCAAGACUGCCGUUGUUCUCCGUGCGGUUCCCAGCGAGCUCAUCUUGUGGCCUCAAGUUUGGAACCAAGUCAAGCCCACUGGCCCAGGGCCUCUCGUUAUCGAUACUUCCACUCCCAACUCAGUGGUUGCAUUGGGCACACCGUUCGCAUUUAAGCCACCAAACAUGGGCGGGUUCAACACCACGCUGAUCGCCACGCAGUCUCCAGUUCCGGCUGUGGUCAACUCGAAGACACGUUUCAGGGACGCGUUGCAAGCACCACCUGCUAAUGCCAACAACUGGCAGGACAUGGUCGACUUUAUCAACAACGACACAUCGACCGUCUUUUACAAUGUCGUUGUCGCGGACCCUAACGCACCAGUCAUCAGUGUCUCCACACGCCUUCGGGUUAUCGACGAUGGUACAUCCCCUCUCAACUUUUUGAUAACCCUUGCAACUUCGACGAUGCCAGCGGGAACAUCUGUGUCUAUGUCUUCCCCAAGUGGGAUGAUCAAUCUGGACAAGGUCGCUCUCACAGAUGAUAUUGGAGUUCAUGUCAGCCUCUCGGGCGGAUUUGACGACAUCAUCACACUCAACAUCUUCCCCGCGGCAGAAGAUACGAUUGAGACGUUUGCUUGGGUCUCCCUUCAAGCAAGCAUUGUCGUGCCCCAAACUGGUCUCAUCCCCAUCAGCGAAGUCUUUUUGCUUGGAUCCCUUAACGUUGUGUUCCACGAUGACGCUACCACCAACUUGAGGUUCUCGAGUCCAACCGCCAAUCAGCUUAAGGAACAUCUCAAAGUGAAGAAAGCUGAAGCUCAGGCUGUCGUGGUUCAGGAAGGCACUGUUGGGACCACUGACGUUAUCAGUGGUGCAGCAACUGGAUGGUGGUUCCGUGAUGCGAUCGGCGACACAAACUCAUUCCCUCGAACGUCUGUUGUGUCUCAUUCACCUGACAUCCAACCCGUUGGAAAUGUUCCUCAAUCUGAUUCACAGACCAUUCUUGGAGGUUCCAAUGCCAAUACGGAUUGGUCGGAUGCGAAUGCCAUCGAUGUGAGCCAAGGCGCACCCAACUUUAUAUAUUUACGAGGGAAUUGCACAUUGGGAAACGAUUUCGUGACCGAAUUCAGGCUGUUCUGUGUUCCAAACGCCAUCCUGAUCUACCCGACCAACUAUGCUCAGUUCUCAGUCACUGACUUCGACGUCAAUGGAGACCCUUUCGUUGCCACUCGCACCAUCACAUCGACCUCUGCAAAUAGUUUCAAUGUACUGGACACGGCGUUUGACUUGUUGAACCCACUACCUCUGCCAUCGGGAAGUGACCACUACUGCCUAAUCGCUGAAUCGCGCAAUCCUACUGCCGACAACCCGGACCCUGAUUGGCCGCAUGAAGACACAGGCGCAUUUGCUUCGGGUGAGUUGUGGUCUUCAUUAGAUUCUCAGAAGGAACUCACCGUCGGUCUCAUAGCCGCUGGAUUCAACACGUGGGUUGCUAGUAACCCCGAUGUCUGUGUGAGGGAUAUCACAUACCAGGCUGGUGGUGCUCAAAUAAUCUGCACCGCCCUCAUCUCUAUUCCAGGAGGUGUGUUCCCCUCCUCUGCUGAGUGGACGUUGGAGGUAGAUGCGGUGAACGCCCCUGUUGGUUCUUCCUGGGCUUUAACUGGAAAUGGUCCUUCGGUUCCUGGUCUCUCCAUCGGUUUUGCUCGGACAACCAUUACCAAUCAGCAGUCUGAAGGUUGCCAUUUCACUGGUCUUCCGUCGAGCGGCUACUCGUUCUCGGUUAUCUUGCAAUGGUUCUCCGAAGGCUUCACUCCUGGUGAUGGCAUGACCCUCUCCUUCGUUUUGUUCACGACUUCUGCCCCCACGGCAAAUGUGAAUACCAGCAACUUUUUCAAGGACGCUGUAUCCCUUCCUCACAGAGCAGUCGACUGGCCUUUCACCGUUGGUAUCCACCACCCAGGAAUUGAGAACCAAGGUGACGGUAAGAAAAACAACAAAGGAUACCUCGGUCGCCGCUACAAGGAGAUUGGGCCUAACCAAUGGCCUUACACGAUGUCUAACAACUUCAAGACAAUCCCGCCUACUGUUGUCUACUCCGUCGGCGGAGAUAGCUGGAACUUCAAGUUCUCCUAA